UGUUCCCUGUCACUCUGUUCCCGCUUAUCUCCCGUCUUGUCGGCGCCACCACCUUCUUGGAAAUGAGUUGGGACAAAGGGGAGGGGGCUUAGCACCCCCGCCUCCCCCCGAAGAGCCCAUAAAAGCAGCUGAACCGGGGUCCAAGACACCACAGGAAGUCCUAAGCCCGACAGCAGGACAGCCAGCCAGACAACACGAUGGCCCUGAGCACACAGGUCCAGGCCACCUGCUUCCUGCUCCUCCUCCUGGGCAGCCUAGCCAGUGGCUCCGUUCUCCGGCAAGAGACAGGACAACUCAUGGACUUCCAACCCCAGGACACAGCGGGAGCCCAGGCUGGCUUGAUGCCCGUGCUCCAGAGGCUAAAGCGGGACUCCCACAUCCCCAUCUGCGUAUUCUGCUGCAACUGCUGUAGAAACUCAAAGUGUGGGUUCUGCUGCAAGACAUAGAGCCCCCCCAGCCUGCCCCGGGGCCUCCCUGCCCUCCGUAUUUGUUCCUGCUGUCCCCUGACUCUCAGUGAAUGGACUUGGAAUAAAAUGGCAGGUUCUGUCUGUUGUUUUCCAUCC